AUGGAUUAUUGCAGCAAAACUUCCUGCAAAUCAAGCUCCCCUUUUGAUUGCCUACUUUUUGAUUUGGAUGACACUUUGUAUUCUUCUAAGAUUGGAAUAGCUGAAGGUCUAAGAAAAAAUAUUGAUGACUUUCUUGUUGAGAAAUGCGGAUUUCCAGAGAACAAAGCUCCAAGUCUCCGAGUUGAGCUCUUCAAGAAUUACGGAAGCUCUCUCGCCGGUUUGCGAGCACUAGGCUAUGAUAUUGAUGCUGAUGAUUAUCACAGUUUCGUGCACGGAAGGUUGCCUUAUGAUUUGAUCAAGCCAGAUUCUCACCUACGUAACCUCUUGCGUAGCAUUCCUCAAAGAAAAAUUAUUUUCACAAAUUCGGAUAGAAAUCACGCUAUCAUGUCCCUAAAAAGGCUAGGAAUAGAAGACUGUUUCGACCAGAUCAUAUGUUUUGAGACGAUGAAUCCGAACCUGUCUAAAUCAACAACUCCUUAUGAGUUCCCGAUUCUUCUUAAGCCUUCAAUGGAUGCCAUGAAAAUCGCUCUCCGUGUUGCAGAUGUUGAUCCUCUUCGUUCGCUGUUUUUGGAUGACAACGUGCGCAAUGUGGCAGCUGGGAAAGCUUUGGGGCUCCAUACUGCUCUGGUUGGAAAAAUGGUGAAGAGCAAAGAAGCAGAUUAUGUAUUGGAGCAUAUCCACAACCUGGCUCAGGUGAUUCCAGAAAUUUGGGUAAGAGCAACGGACAGUAGUGAUCCAAGGAUCAGCCGCACCAGAAGCGAAAUGGAUGCCAUUCUCACAGCUACAACCGUUGGAGCCUAA